UUACAGUUUUACAAAAAUAAUAAGUACCAAGAUGUACAAAAGCCAAGUCAGGGCAACUCUGACUCCUUGAAAAAGAUAUUUCUUGAAAAUAAUACAAGGAAGCCGCCUAGAGGAAGUUGUUCAGUUUUUUGCCAGUGGGGGGCACCAGACACCUCCAGAAACUCACGGAUUCGAUUUGCAAACUCUCUUUGAACCAGUUCAGCCAUGCAAACUGCCUUGUUUGCCGCUGCAUAUGCCCAAGAUUACAGAGAAACAUUUGUGCAAAGGGGGCAAAAUAGAAACAGACUCAGUCACUUCUGUGAUCAGUGGUGGGAGACAGUCCAUGUGGUUGUAUAUCUAUGAACAAAAUUGCAGAGGUGGGGCUGAGAAAACUUUGGUCCCUAGUUGCUGUAGACCCUGGAGUGCUGUCCCACGGGCGUAGCCGCUUGCAACGGGUCCAUGAGCUAGCUCGGCACCCCCGCUAUGGUCUGUGCUGGACUAGGGCCUUGGGGCAGCUGGAUGUAGGGUGCCAAGAAUUGGAUGAGGAGUGGCAAAGCCGGAUUGCGCUAGCGUUUGCCCAUUGCCACCUUGAAAGGUCUGGCAAGAGUUUCCCACCCUGUGCCCCUGCCAGCUCGAUCCAAGACUGCACACAGGACAUGGACCCGGUGGCCUUCGGCGUGUACACGGAAUUCUUCACCCAUGCGCAGAGCAUCUGCUAUUUCCUGCAGAACGAAGCCUGGCAGCAGCGAGCCCAAGAUACUGUCCUGAGACUCACUUCUGCUUCGGAGGACGUGGCCCAUCAGCUGGAGUCCACCAACCAGCUGGCUGAGGAGACUGCCCGUGCGCAGAACGCCACCUUGCGUUCCCAGGAACGGAUUCUGCAAGAUGGAGAGCUGCUGCGGCAGGUGCUGCAGGAUUCCUCCCAAGGUAUCCGCCAGGCCUUCCAAGACUUGCAGAAUUCAGCUGUCGAACAGCGGGUGGUGUUUGCCGAGAUCUUCAACCACGUGGCAUUCCUGCACCGCUUUGUGGUGGGGAAGUCCAAUGCUGUCUACUCUGUCCUCUUCCACCUUCUGAGUGUGGUUGCUGUCCUGACUUUGACCUCUAGCCAACGGACCUCAGGAGCACGAUUCAUCUUGCUGGCUUUGGUCGGAGCCAACAUUUACCUGGAAAGCGUUAUCUGCAGCCUUCUCAUGGGCAACUCGGAUGGUGGCCAUGACCUGACGGAGAAACUUUCCUUCUGGGUAGGGUUGUCCCGCUGGGGCUUUGCUGCUCUGGGCUUGGCCGUGGUGGCUUACUUCGUGUGGUCCUAUGAGGAUCCCGUCAGGCAGAGCUGGGUGGUGCUGGAAAGCCUGCAGGAGACCCAGGUGGAGUUCCAGCGACUCUUGCAAGAAACAGAGAGGCUACUGGCUGAGAGAGAUCAGCUGCCUCGUGGUCCGAGGCUCUAUGCUGAAAGUGAGGCGUCCUUUGACUCGGGGGUCCCAGAGCAGCUGUCCAGUUGUCAGGAUUGCCGAGCUGAAGAGGUGGAAGUCCAGGCUGAAAGGCACCAAGUAAGGGCCAGCACCCCCAAGCGGAGAGGACGCUUCCCUUCCCGUACUUCUCGGUCUCCAUCACGCCAGCGCGGUCGGACAUGGAGCGUGCCUGCUGAACCUCUGACAAUCCCAGUGCCGCUGGAGCGGCCUCCCCAGUACAGCCUUCGGAGUCGACGGUGUCCGGCAACCCCACGUCAUCCAAAUGACAUGUAAUCACCGUGCACUUGGCCCCAGACGAGAAGAAUUCAGAACUUGCGUCUCAGCCUGUGAUUGUACAAUCUCUUGUAAUACAGUUUCCAGCUUUGUAACUGGAGAGUCCGGUUCACUGUUGGAGCAGAACCCCUCCUUAGCCAGGUAUGGAGUCGUCUUGUUUUCCUAUUUUGGAAAGGAAUGUCAUUUCAAUGGAGACUAGAAUGCUGAAGAUCUGGAGCGGGUUCUCCUCACUCUUGCUCAUGUAUAAGCAGAGUUGCUUUCAUGGAUGCAAAUUACCCAAAGCAGACAUGCGGUGGCUUUUCCAAUCUAUAUGUGCCUCCUGUGCUCCAUUUCACCCCCAUGACUUUUCUCUUUUGGGCUAACAAGGAUUAAAUAGGAACGACUCACGACAAAGACCCUUCCUUCCCUUUUUUUACAUAAAAACCAUGAACUCACCUCCUCUUCCCGAACUUAUUCUCUGCUGAAUUGGAACAUUACUCUAAAUAACCACUUACUAGCCAAAGCUGUCACAGUGCUCAGUGCUGAGUUUAAUACAUUUUGUCUCUUAAUUUUACACUAAUAAAAAAGUUCUUUUAUAGAAACAGCUCCGUCUUUUUGCUUGGCCGCCAAGCAACAAUGUGCAA